AUGACGUAUGAAGCGUUGAGCGAAGUAAAAACCGAAGAUUACACACCGCCCCUGGUCGAGCAGCGCAUUACAAUUGGCGAAGCGGUUCCAUUAACAAGUGGCAAUUGUGGUGCCAAGAAAGUCCGGUCGGCAAUCGACAUCAAGAUGGCCAUCAAGGCUGUGCCACACGAAGGUCGCCAAACCCUCCGCUCCACCGCAGCUUUGUCUGGCAUUCCGAAGACCGCCAUUUUGCGGCACAUGAAGGAGCCCCACGGCCUCACGGCGCGCACAAGAUAG